CCGUCUGCAUUGAAUCUGUGUCGCUCUCCGAUUUACCGCUAUUGUUUAACACGUGUUACGAAGUUCAUAAAAAUUUAUCUAGUAAAAUUAUUAAGGUUUUGUGGAUUUUCGAUUGAUCAAAAGGAUCUCUGAACUGUGGAUGAUGACAGGUUGUACGUGAGUGGCUAUGUAGUGGUUGUUGGUUGUGAGUGUGUUAUGUGAGUGUUGAACAUGCAUCCGCUAUGGCUGUGCUUGGCUAUCACCAGUCUCAUGUCGCCGCAACUGGAGGGAGCUGCCAAAGUGUUCGCUGCUAAAACACCUUCAAAUACUGACCUGUGGUCUGAUUCUGAUCCAGUCGGGCCUCAGGUCGAAGAUUACAGCAAUGGACUUCACUACGAUGAAGACUAUGAAGAAGUGCCUUCUGGAAACUGGACUGAAAAUGAACAAGUUACCACACCUGCCAGUAAUAAGACAGGUCGCCUACAAUGGCUCAAACUACCCACCAACCAGACGAAAGAGGCCGGCGAAUCAGUGCGCAUGCGCUGUGAGGUGACCGGGGACCCAGUGCCGGCAACAGUGCUGUGGCUCAAGAAUGACGCACCUCUGCAGGCGGAGAAAGGCCGGGUCACAAUGAGGCAGUAUUCGCCGAACGGCAGGAGCGAUGCACUAGGAUCGCGACUCAAAAUCAGUCCGCUGGAGACGCAUGACACGGGUUUCUAUACGUGCGAGGCGGUUAGCGAGUUGGCAAAAGCUGAGGCACCCGCCUCGGUGCUUAUGGUCAAGAUGGGGCCAUGGGGUGAAGACUUGCCAGCCCCUGCAUUACCUGCUCCAGCCUUUCCACCACACUUUAUUGACAGUAUUGCAUCCGUGGAUGGACUGGACUUUUCAAAUAUAAACACCAAUCCUAAUAUUGGUGCAGGAGGUCUAGGGAUGGUUAUCACUCAUCCCCAACCCUCUGAUCCUGAAGCCAAAGAACCACGUUGUGAGCCUUAUACUGGGACGCACUGCAACAAAUGGGUGAAAGACAGACUGGUGUACAUUCCGGCUGGAACCACCCAAGCCAAGCUGGAAAACAUAAUCAAAUCUGCCCUGGUUGUAAUAUCGCAUUCAAAUGACAUUUCACCAGGAUGCAGAGGAUAUGCUUUUCCCUCAUUUUGCUAUUCUGCCUUUCCCGUGUGUCGGGAUGAUCCUGCUAAGAAGAAUCCGCACAGAAUAUGCAGAAAAGACUGCGAACUACUCAAAAAUGACCUGUGCCACCCGGAAUAUGCGAUCGGCAAACGCAACGACUACAUCAGUCAGCUGAUGGUGGACUGUCACGACCUGCCGGAUAUGGACUCUGAGGAGAGCGAAGACUGCCUCAGUCUGCAUCUGCCUCAGCCUGAGCCCAUUCUGCCUCAGGAGGAGUGCUAUUGGGGCGUCGGCGAACACUACAGAGGAGCAGUGUCCGUAUCGAAGCUAGGCCACCAGUGCAUACCGUGGAACCACCAGGCGAUUGUGCGUUCAUCGGAGUAUCACUCGCUGCUGGGAGGCCAUUCGCACUGCCGCAACCCUGGAGGAUAUGAAAACGAGCCCUGGUGCUUCACCGUGCACAAACAGCAUAAGGAGCCCUGUGGCAUACCUAUGUGCAUUCAACCGGUAUGGAUUUACAUAAUGGUGGGUGCUGGAGUGAUACUACUCAUUUCACUAAUAUCCGGCCUGUACUGUUGUAUAACGCGGAAAAAUAAACGCAACAAUAGAAACCGUCUGGCCAGCACGCCUGGACUGAAGGUAAAUUUCUAUAAGACGAUCAAAACAUCUCCAAACAAGAAAGGACUGGAGAUGUCAGCCUUAAUCCCGGGAUCGGCUAAUAGCAGUCUGAAAUCAGAAGCCAGGCCUAGAGUGAAGGAGUACCGACUUUCCAAUAUUCAUUUCAUUCAGGAACUGGGUGAAGGUGCUUUCGGCAAAGUGUACAAAGGUGAAGUGCUGACGUCAGACGGCCAGCCUCUGCUGGUGGCGAUCAAAACGCUGAAGGAGAACGCGACGGCGAAGACAGUGAACGACUUCCGUCGCGAGGUCGACCUGAUGUCGGAGUUGCGUCACCCGAACAUCGUCUGCCUGCUGGGCGUGUGUCUGGCGGGCGAGCCGCUCUGCAUGCUGUUCGAGUUUAUGGUCAAGGGAGACCUGCACGAGUUCCUCAUGGCACACUCGCCGAGGUGCGACGUGUCCUCGUCGCAUGGCCUUGUCGACGGGCCGCCGCUAGAUCAGGCCGAUUUCAUGCAUAUUGCUGUGCAGGUUGCUGCUGGUAUGGAAUACCUGUGCAGUCACCACUAUGUGCAUAGAGACCUCGCUGCCAGGAAUUGCCUGGUGGGGGACAAGCUCACUGUUAAAAUAUCCGACUUUGGAUUGUCAAGAGAUGUAUAUUCUUCUGAUUACUAUAGGGUACAAUCUAAGUCAUUGCUUCCUGUACGGUGGAUGCCUCCUGAAUCCAUACUCUAUGGAAAGUUCACAACUGAGUCAGAUGUGUGGAGCUAUGGUGUCGUACUGUGGGAAAUCUACAGCUAUGGACUCCAGCCAUACUACGGUUACAGCAACCAGGAGGUGAUCGACAUGAUCAGGUCGAGACAACUGCUGCCCUGCCCUGAGGACUGCCCCUCGCGCAUGUACUCUGUCAUGAUGGAGUGCUGGCAUGAGGUGCCCAUUCGCCGGCCACACUUCCCCGAAAUACAUGCCAGACUUCGGCAGUGGAUGGGCAGUCAUCAGCAGCCUAUGGGUGGUGGCAUCAGUGGAAGCAGUGGUACCAACUCAACCCAGCUAUCACACCCCUCUCCCCACCAGCUGGUAGUCAGGCUGCCACCCUACAACAAGCUCAAUGCUGCCAACAUAUGAGAAUCACCUGACGAGGCUGUCCUGCUCUGGCUCUGAUGCCAAGAUGUAAUGGCAUCUUUCAACGUACCGCUAAGUUUCUAAACGUCCAAAAUCAAGCAACCAGAAUUAGCCUACAACGAAAGUCAAUUUUUACUUUUAAAAUGGAGGUCGACAUCCUACUAGGACAGUUUUCGAAAAAACAAAGUUUUGUGUAGCAAACAAAUAAUGUUGGACAUUAGUGAUUUUUAACAGAAUAUUGGGGACAGUGAAGAGUGAAAUAAAUUGAGAGACUGUAAAACAGGUAAAAUGUUUUCGAUAAUAUUUGUGUUUAACGUUGAAUUUAAUGGGCUGUACCGUGUAAGGGAUUAGAUGAUAUUGAACUAAUAGUAUGAGAGUUUGUAUGAGGGUUGUACAUUUUAAAAAUUAUGACAAGUGAAAGAUAUUUUAGUUUAACAUUUUAAAUGUGUAGCCUAACAAAUAAUCUAGUUUUUAAUUAGAGUUCUUUUAUAAUUUAUUGUAAAUUUCUUACAAAAUUGGAUAUUGGUUUUUAAGUGUUUAAUUGUUCUGAGAAACAAAAGAAUGACUGAUCUGAUUAAUGUGUAUUUUAGAUAGACCGUGAAUCAAUUUUAAGACUCGUAGUUUUGAAGCUUUUUAAAACUAUUGUAAUGUUUAGUUGCGUAGAGAUUUUAUUGUUCUUGAGUUGUUUAUAUGUUUUAUUUGAUAAUGAUAUCACAAUCAAUUUUUGAAAGGUAAUCUGUAAGAUGGCAGCUAUAAUUCUCAUAUCUCAGUAGCCUACUAUAUUUUUUGAUAUAGUAGCAUACUAUGCUUAUUCAAGGCAAAAUGGUUCUAUAGAGAUCCUAGAGAUCCCACAGUAUUAUAGAAACUAAAAAAUUAUGAUUUCUUGAUAUUUAAAGGUACGUCUUCAGAUCCGCGUUCGGCUGCGUAUGCGUAUAGUCAAAAUAGCAACUUUCCCAAACAAUAAAACGUAUCCAUUUUUACUUUCCUUGCCCUAUUACCAUAGGUAAGGAAAGUAUUGCUUUCCGAAAAAAAUUAAGGUACCCCAAUUUCUAAAUUUCUAUACGUUUCUAGUUCCCCUGAGUCCAAAAAAGUGGUU